AUAAUUUUUAUUUGUAAAAGCACAAUUAAUGCUGAGCUAUUUUGGUUAAGCUUAAUUUAUACGUAACAGUAAAAUGUCAGACGAUGAGGUUAUAAAGUUUGAGAUCACAGACUACGAUUUGGAUAAUGAAUUCAACCCCGGCCGUGGAAGAAAAGCUAACAAGGAACAACAAAUAUACGGUGUAUGGGCCAAAGACAGUGAUGAUGAUGAAAAUGAAGAUAAUGUUAGACAGAGAAUACGUAAACCUAAAGAUUUUUCUGCACCAAUUGGUUUUGUGGCGGGUGGAGUUCAACAGGCUGGCAAAAAAAAAGACAAGACUAAAGAAAUAAAACCAGCUGAAGCGUCUACUUCUGCUCCUAAGUACUCAGAUAGUUCUGAUGAGGAACCGGAGAUUCCAGUCGCGAGUGACACAGCAGGAAUCAGGAGACAGGGACAGGGAAUGCGUCCACCAUCGUUAGGUGGAAAUGUGGGGAAUUGGGAAAAACAUACUAAAGGAAUCGGAGCAAAAUUGUUGUUGCAGAUGGGAUACCAGCCGGGUAAAGGUUUGGGUAAAGAUUUGCAAGGUAUCUCAGCGCCGGUCGAGGCUACGCUGCGCAAAGGCAGAGGUGCGAUCGGAGCUUACGGACCAGAAAAGGCAACGAUAAAAGCCAAAAAAGAAGAGGAACGUCGCAUCAAAGAUAAAGAAGAUAAUGAUAAAGAUAAAACCGAAAAGAAUUACAACUGGAAGAAAUCGCACAAGGGUCGUUAUUUUUACAGAGAUGCCGCUGACGUCAUUCAGGAGGGUAAACCCACAACGUAUACCAUAGCAAGUAACGAGUUGUCCCGCGUGCCCGUGAUCGACAUGACCGGCAAGGAGAAGCGCGUGCUGAGCGGCUACCACGCGCUGCGGGCGCAGGCGCCGCGCUACGAGCACGAGCCCAGGAGGAAGUGCCAGAACUUCUCCGCGCCGCAGCUGGUCCACAACCUCGAGGUCAUGGUCGAGUGCUGCGAACAGGAUAUCAUCCAAAACGCCCGUGAAUUGCAACAAGCUGAAGACGAGAUAGUGGUGCUAGAGAGGGACAUCGACGAAUGCGACCAGCAGCUGAAGGAGCACGACGAAGUGAUAGGCAAGGUCCAGGCGAUCCUCGAGAAGGUCGAGGAGCUCAACAAGCCGGACGUCUCACUUGAGAAGGCCCAUCAGGUGCUGGCCAGCUUGAAGGAAACGUAUCCAGCGGAAUAUGAGAUGCUCGGUCUCGGCACGAUAGCCGGCAACAUCGUGAGUCCUCUGCUGAGCGCGCUGCUGGCCACCUGGAGUCCGCUGGAGAACCCCGAGGAGCCUUUGCCGGUGUUCGUCAAGUGGAAGCAGGUCCUCACCGAGGAGGCGUUCAACAGUUUGUUGUGGCAACACUACGUGCCGCACAUCAGCAAUGCCGUUGAGUCAUGGAAUCCUCGCACGCCGGAGCCAAUGGUCCAGGCUCUAACGUCGUGGCGCGCCGUGUGCCCGGCCUGGCUGCUGAGCUCCUGCGCCAGCCGGUACGUGGUGUCCCGCGUGCUGGCUGCCGUCAGGGUGUGGGACCCCACCAGGGACACCCAGCCCGUGCACCAGUGGGUGCUCCCGUGGCACGAACUGGCCGGUGAGAGUCUAUCGCAGGCGGUCUACCCCCUGAUCCGGUCUCGCCUGUCGUCCGCGCUGUCCGCGUGGCACCCCGCGGACGGCUCGGCUCGCGGAGUCCUGCGCCCGUGGAAGGAGGCCUGGGGCGGAGCCCUGGUCGCCCUGUUGCAUCGGCACGUGCUACCUAAACUGGAGCACUGUCUCAUGCACGCGCCGCUCGAUCUUGUCGGCGGAGAGAAUAGUACGUCGGCGUGGCAGUGGUGCGUGGAGUGGCGCGAGGUGGCGGGCGCGGCGGCGCUGGGCGCGCUGGCGGGGCGCACGCUGCUGGCGCGCUGGCUGGCGGCGCUGGCGGCCUGGCUCAACACCAACCCGCCGCACGCGACCGUCAUCAACUCUUACACAGAAUUCAAGAAAAUGUUUCCCGAAGACAUACUCAAGGAGCCGGCGGUCCGCGACGCUUUCCGGAAAGCCCUCGACAUGAUGAACCGAAGCGCCGAUAUCGACACCAUAGAUCCGCCUCCUCCGCCAAGGUUCACUGUCAUCACGGAGACCAAAGAAACGCCUAGGAUUGUCGAUGUAUUAGCUUCGGCAACGCAACAGAAGAGUUUCUCGGAGUUGUUGGAGACCAGGUGCAUUGAAAACGGUAUAACUUUUGUACCGAUUGCAGGGAAAACGAGGGAAGGUCGCCCCCUAUACAAAAUAGGUGCGCUACAGUGCUACGUUAUAAGGAACGUGAUAAUGUAUUCCGAUGAUAACGGAAGGAAUUUUGCGCCAAUCGCCAUGGAUAAGUUGCUCAAAUUGGUCGAGGAUUAGUUAUUUUUUUUUAUCAAUAUCAAGACUUUUCUGUGUUUAGUGAGAGUUUUUUAACGUUCUCGAUAGCGUAAAAGUUAACGCAAAUU